UGACGAUUCAAACAUAAAUUCUACUUCAAUAUAUUAUAUUUUAUUUAAAAAAUUUAGCAUUGCAAGAUAUGGGUUAAAGACAUUUCAAAUUAAUUAUUUAGCGAAAUAUAAAUAGAUGACAUUUAUUAAUAAACGUAAUAAACAUCAAAGUGUGUUUACGUAUAUAACGUUCUUUUAUACACAUCCCUUAAUGUGUUACUUUUCUUUUUUUUUUUGAAUAUAUCUCUUUCAUAUAGACUAGCGAUCACUAGUGUGGGUGGAUUGCAUACGAAGACAGAUGGCGAAUGGCUUUUUUUUUCAACCAUUCUCUAUACUCUACCACCAACGCUACAGUCGAUGCGCUUACCAACUGCUAUGAUUAACAACUAUAUAACGAUUUGUUUCCUUCCGGCAUAGCUGUAUAGUAAUAGUUGCUUUUAGAAUUAUUUUCAUUUUUUUUAUCAUGCAUACAACGUCAAAGAAUAGUAUUCAACAACGAUCAUUAGUUUCACAGAUGUGUGUCAUCUGUGUGCAUUUAACACAACGCUUUUUAGCAAACCAAUAGAUAAACCAAAAUUUCGUCCUGAUCAAUCGAAAUUUGAAUAUGAAAAAAAUCAAUUUUUAUUUGAAGAUAUUAAUACAAGUCAAUCAUCAAUAUGGAAUAGUUCUUGGGAUGGUUUAAAAAGUGAAAAUAAAUGGUUACGUCAUUUUUAUUUAAUUCGACAUGGUCAAUAUUUUGAUAAUGCUCGAACAUUAGAUGAAAUGAAAUUAACAUUACUUGGUAAAGAACAAUUAGAAUAUACAGGCAAACGUUUAAAUCAAAUGAAUAUAAAAUUUGAUCGUCUUAUUCAUUCUGGUAUGGUUCGUGCAUUUGAAAGUGCUGUUAUAAUUAAUCAACAACUUAAUUCACAACUUGAAUUAAUUGAAGAUAAAAGUUUAUCUGAAGGUUUACCUGUUGCACCUAUUCCAUAUGUUGGAAUUUCUCAACGAGAUGUUGAUGCUUUUGGUGAUAAAGUAAGAAUUGAUGCAGCUUUUGCAAAACAUUUUCAUCGAGCAGAGAAAACUCAAAAUAAAGAUACACAUGAUAUUAUUGUAUUUCAUGCAAAUAUUUUACGUUAUUUUAUUUGCAAAAUUAUGCAAUUUCCAAUUCAAGCAUGGUUAAGAAUAACAUUAAAUCAUGGUUCAAUAACACAAGUAAUUAUUUUAAGUGAUGGAAGUGUUCUAAUAAAAGGUAUUGGUGAUAGUGGUUUUAUGCCAGCAAAUAAAGUGACAUUCUAA